AUGAUGAGAUCAUUCUCAAUAAACUCAAGUGAUUCGGAAUUAUAUUCAAUGCCCAACGACUCUUUAAGCAGUUGUUCUUCCUCCGCAUUCAUUAAAGGUUUGCCACAAACAAAUACAAGCUCUACACACUUGAUGACUUCCAUAGGUUUAACAACGUCCAAUAAUUCCUCGUCAAAUAGUCCCAUGACGCCGUCAUCUCCGAAUUUGUCGUCUACUGACUUAUCUUCAAAUAUGAGUAUCAAUAAUUCAACAAAUACAAAUCCAAGUUCCUCCAUCAAGAAGAAUAAUUUUUAUGUUAAUCAACAGAGAAAAGCUAAAUUUGUAGUUAUUUUAAUGGGAUUACCGGCUACUGGUAAAUCCACCAUUGCUUCUCAAUUGAUUGAAUAUUUGAAAUCUUCAUCUUUUUAUGCAAACACCUCUUUGGAGCCACCUUUUAAUUGCUCAUCUCCAUUUGAUACUUCCAAAUUACGUUAUGAAAUAUAUAACGCAGGUAACGUGAGAAGAAAUUUAUCUCAUAAUACUUUAUAUGAAUUGAAAAAUAAAUCUUUUGAAAAUAAUAAUAAUCAUUCCAAUUAUUCGGAUGUUUUUGAUCCUAAAAAUAGUUUACAAAAGGAAAAUUUUGCAAGAAUUACUUUACACAAUCUUUUAGAUGAUAUUGAUGCUGAUAAAGUGGAUUUCGCCAUUUUUGAUGCAACAAAUUCCACUACAAAGAGAAGACAUUAUGUUUUACGUCAAUUAUCUUCUUAUAAUUUAAAUCCUUAUUCUAAUUUUAUCAUUUCUCCAAUUGUUUUGGAAAUUAAAUGUAAUCAUCCUAAUUUCAUUAAAUUUAAUAUCCAUAAUAAGUCGUUUAAUAAAGAUUAUUUCGAUAAACCUUAUAAUUUUUCUGUGACUGAUUUUUCCAAAAGAUUGAAGACUUAUAGAAGUCAAUAUUCUCCAUUUAAACAAAUCGAAUUUGAUUCCUAUAUAGAGGCAACUACGAACGUAAGAUCUCUAUACACACCACCAGAUGAAUUUUUAAACGUUUAUCACGGUUGUGCUUAUUUUUCCAUUGUCAAUUUAGGAAUUGAAAACUCAAGUGAUUUUAAUUUGAAACAUUUCUAUAAGGAUUGUCCAAAUGAACCAAAAUUCAUUGUUAAUUUAAUUUCAAGCUUUACCAAGAAUUAUAACCAUUUGUUUGGGAAACAUUAUUUUAAUAUUGUAAAUGAGUUCUUUAAUACCAAUAUUAACAUGGAAAAACAAGAAAAAUUAAGUGUUUUGGAUAAGAUUAUCAACAAGGAUUAUUUACAUUCCAUUUUAACUUAA